AUGGCGAAUAUGGAUUAUUCUCCUGCUUUUCUGAAAAUUAGGGCUAUCGGGCUUGGCCUGAUCUCAUUCCUUAGCUUGCUGGCCAUCAUACUUUUCUGCAUCCAAAUCUUUACGCAAUGGGAUACAACGAUCUCUUCGGAACGCUAUAUGAUUAUUCUAAUGCUCCUGACACAUACUGUUACUGUAAUUAUGCUUCCGAUCCUAAUACUGGUAUCAUUUAGGCCUUGGCUUGAUGCCAUUCGAUUCUUGUUUCUUCUGGUCAUUCAUAUCAGCACUGCUACAACAUUCACUUACUGGUUUCCUCGUUACGCCUGUCCUGCGAAUGCUACGCAGAGGGAACAAUGCAGACUGUACAAUAUAUACAUCCUUGUUUUAAGUUGGAUUGUCACGGCGCACGUGAUCAUCUAUGUCAUCGGUCUUAGUGUGUUUGUAUAUCGCACUCGAGCGUCGGCAGACAAACCUUUGAGGGUCGAUUUGAUUGACGAGGAAGUGAUGGACAUUGGUCGUGAUUCGACGCCUUCAAUGUCGGAAUCCCGCCCCCAGUCGUCAAAUGUCGCAACAGGAAGUACACCGUCCCUGGUCCUCGAGUGCCAUGUAUUCUGGAGGUGCUCGGGUGUCAACCCAAAGUAUGGCAGGGACAUCACGGGAGGUCUACCGUCCGACGUCUUCGAACAUCCAUGUUACGGCUCCGAGAAGGUCUUUACCCAUUCCGGACCAAUCGUCUUCGCAGCCACGAAGGAUAUCUGGACAGGACAUGCGGCGCCCGAAGUCUAUCCAAUCCACGGCGCCUAG